UAGCACUGAAUGGUGUGAGAGAGUGGAGCACUUAAAAAAGUCUGUAAAGAAAGAGAGGUUCCUCUACAACGUUAAUUUCUGUCAAAGAACAAAGCUUUGCGGCGGAGAGAUGUCAAACAGCGACGAAGAUGCGGUGGAGACGGAGUAAACAGCUACCGGACAGUUAGCCAAACAACUUGUUAAAGAGAGAAACGCUUUUUCGGCUUGGCUCGAGUCGGGACGGCUGGUCGUUUUCCGCCGCAACUUGGGAGAGAUUUCAGCGCUGCAAGUUGCGGGACGAGAACCGAGGAGCAGCAGCGAGGACUUGACCGCUCGGCUCGGUGGAAAGCGAGCCUUUUGGUCGGUUUGCUCGGUUGGCAGAGAACCGGAGGAGGGGAGCGGACUGAGAGAGCGCGGCGGCUCGGAAAGGAGCGAGAGAGCCGCUGAAGCAGCAGCUACAAAAGUUUGCCGUGUAUCUUCACCUAGUUUUCCAGAUUGGGAACUAGAGAGAGAGGGGGGGGAGAAGAGGCCGAGAGACUGACUUUUCUUUCCACAAGCAACUUUGUGGGAUUCAUCCUGUUUAGCAAACUUUGCUGUCCAGCUCAAGCUAAACAUGAAAACACCUGGAGAUAAUGGGAUCGCCUUCCCAGAAUGGGCUUACAAGCCCGAGUCGAGCCCCGGGUCCAGACAGAUCCAGUUGUGGCACUUCAUCCUGGAGCUGCUCAGGAAAGAAGAGUAUCAUGAUGUCAUCGCCUGGCAGGGGGACUACGGCGAGUUUGUCAUCAAGGACCCUGAUGAAGUGGCCCGGCUUUGGGGGGCCAGGAAGUGCAAACCCCAAAUGAACUACGAUAAGCUGAGCAGGGCUCUCAGAUACUACUACAACAAGAGGAUCCUCCAUAAGACCAAAGGCAAGAGGUUCACCUAUAAGUUCAACUUCAAUAAACUGGUUUUGGUCAACUACCCGUUUAUUGACAUGGGCUCCACUGGAAGCAGUGUCCCUCAGAGCGCCCCUCCUGUCCCCACCGGAGCAGGGACCCACUUCCGCUUUCCUCCCUCAACGCCCUCCGAAGUCCUCUCCCCGAACGAGGACCUGCGCAGCCCCGGUGGCAUGUUCAGUUCUGUGGCCCGAAGAAUGGCACGAGGCUCCGUCAGCGAUUGCAGCGACGGCACCUCAGUCAAUUCUGAGAUUGAGGAUGGCAACACGGGAGCAGGGGAGGAGAGGGGAGAGAGGGGUGUGAGUGGAGGAGGAGGGCCUGGUGGUGGAGGAGGUUACCGGAGUAUCAUCCAUCCUCGUCUGUCUCAUGAAACCCUGUUCCGCAUGUACGGAGGACCAGGUAACCCUGCAGGGCACCCAGGCUCCCGCGGCCACACAGGGCACCGGAUCCACCCAGAUUCCCUGUCGCCCUUCCCCGUGUCCCCUCUGCCAGGGCCUGGAGGAGCUGGCCUCCUGGCCCCUCCUCUGUCCCCAGCGCUCUCCAUGACCCCGACAUCUCACCUCCCCUACACCCCCUCACCCACCCUGUCACCCAUGUUAGGCUCCCACUUCUCCUUCAACCCAGAGGACAUGAAGCGCUACCUGCAGGCCCACACCCAGUCGGUGUACAACUACGGCCUCAGCCCGAGAGCCUUUCUGCAGUACCCAAACAUCGUCAUCCCUCAGCCCCACCGGCCCGCCGCAGACAAGGCUGGAGAGAGAGGAGCGGCCGAGAGAGCAGAAAGAGCAGCGACGGCAGGAGGAGAGAGGGGAGGAGAACGGCACCACCAUCCACCUCUAGCUCACUCUGCCCACCACCACCCGCAUCCACCUCAUUCUGCCCACCCUCACACUCAUUCUCACCCCAUGCAUCACCCACUCCACCUGGGUGAGGAGCCUCCACACCUGUCCCCCUUCAAGUUCAAGCUGCAGCCACCACCGCUGGGCCGGAAGCACAGGGAUAGUCAGAGCCAGAGUAAACCCAGGCAGAGCUCACUGUCCUCAGGAUCUGGCUCCAUGUCGUCUACCUCUGGCCUGGGAUCCUCGCUGUCGUUCGGCAGUGACCUCAGCUCAGCCAGCGGCUCAGGCCUCAUCUCUGCCUCCUCCUCAACACAGUCCCUAAACAGCGCAGGACUUCCCAAGAUAAAGGUGGAGCCCAUCUCUGAUAUUGAGUCAGAGGAAGAGGUGGAGGUGACCGACAUUAGUGAUGAGGACCCAGAUGAAAGAGAUGAGGAGUUUGAACUCUUCUCCCCUCGCCACUCCAGAGCCCCUGACCACCACCAUCACCACAUUGCUAACGGCUUGGCCGCGACCCAACAUCAACACCAUCCUGAUGAGGACCUGGACGAGGACGUCUUCAAAGCCCCUGCUCCGCCUCCACCUGGCCUGAUGCCCUUCUUUACCUCGCAGCACACACACUCCAAUGUGCAUCGCAUGCUGCCCACCCUGAAGAGUGAACCCAUCGAACCAGGUGACAGUAACACCCCCCCACCUCAGACCGGCUCAGUGGGAGCUCCCCACACGAAGUGCAUCCCCCUCAAGCUGCGCUUCAAGAGGCGCUGGAGCGAAGACCAGCGCAUGGAGGCCUCACAGGAGGAGUCGGACGACAAGAAAGUACGACCAGAGGAAGAGAGGGAAAGAGAGAGGCAAAGUAACGGACGGAUGGAGAUGGAGGAGGAUGGGACAGGCAGUGGAGAAGGGGACAGUCCUCCCCCGUUGGCGUACGAGGGCUCUUUGGCCACACCGUUGGCCUCACAUCGGAGGGUUAGCGCUGAGCUGCACCGUGCCACUGCACAGCUGUCUCUGGAGAACAAAGACUGCUGAUGAGAGACACAGCCCAAACACUACUGCUCCGGUAGCACUGGAGGUUGCUCUGGAGUGUGUAAAUGGUUCCUCUGUAAUCCCUCUCCCACACUGACAAACUAGAUUCCUGAAACCUCCUGUGAACUGAGAGCACAGUCCAGCAUACAUGCAUAGAAAACAAACACCUCAAAGACAGCCUAAUUCUUGUCAGACCUCCCCCCACCACCAACAAUUCUCUGUCUGGAUCAUGGCUCUUCUGGGACACAUCCUUUGGGAGGUGGGACUCACUCUGAUUCAGCCAUCCCAGGCAGCAAAGUGUCUGUAACGGGGCUGAAAUCAGAGGGAGGCUCCCUCAUGAAACUUGGCUCCAAGUUCACCUCCCACCUGGCCAGUGAAGCUCCAGAUGCCCUGCCCCAGUAGCACAGCUCCCGCCUUCAAGCUCCAUCAAUAGGAUCAGCAGCCAGUCAGCACUUUCCUCAGGGGACACACACUCCCUUAAAGCCCAGCAAACACACCUAGGAUGAGGAUGUGCACACUCUCCCCUCUGCUACUUUUCCUACAAGCUGACGGGACUUUGAUAAGUGCCUGUAUCUAAAAACCCCACAGCCCUGGCAUGACGUGGAAGAGAGCAAAGAAGGGAGAGGACUGCUACGAGUAAUCAAUCUUGAACUCGUGAAAGCCUUGUAAAGUUUGGCAGAUACUGAAAAAUCAUUGGGGGAAAAGGAAAGUGUCUCUGAGACUGAAUAGUGGGGCUGUUGGGUGUUGUUUAACUGACUCUUAAACCUGGCCCACUCCACUCAGGGAAGCCUAUUGCUGUAUGUUUAUUGGAUUCAUGCACACAAACACACACACACACACACACGCAAAAACAAAAAAACAACCAACAGUGAAAGGGACUCACUGUCUCAGACUCACUGCAACACAAGACUUUACAUGCAUUCACACAUGCAGACUUUGACUCUGGCACACUGUUCUCUCAGAGCUUUUGACUUUUGUAUAACCUUCCUUCUGUCUCUCUCCUGUCCUGCCCCUCUUUCGCUUGCGGACCACCUGUUGAAAGAUCAUGACUCCACUCACAGAAAUCAUUUCAACCCAAGGGAGAUGUGAGGAGAGGAAAAGAGAAGAAUGAAGAAGUACUUCAGCAUAGAGCAAGGACUGCUGAGGGGGACCACGAGGGGAAGGCAGCAGGGGAAGGAAGGGUUUGAGGGGUUCCAGUAACUAUUAACUAGCCUUCUCACCUCACCUAACACGGCUUGUACACUGAAAAUAGUUCCUCUCGAGUCCCAGCAGCACAGAAUCCUAGUUCACCAGCUACAGCUCCUCUAACAAUCAUAGAUAGUGUUAAACUAAACCAGCAAAAACACACGUGCACGACACUGCCUUUAGCUCUUAAACAUGCUCCCUGCCUCUCUCUUUGAGUCUGGACUUCCAGCUCUGUAGUGGCGUCAUCCUCAGGUCCUGAGAGUGUGUGAGACUUCCAGGCCUGUUAACUACAUGAGUGUGAGAGCCUGAGAGAGCAGGGGGAACAUCUUAGACCUCACACACACACACACACACACACACACACACACACACUGCCUCUUUAUGCCUUGUUUUUAUAGCAUGUACAAAAGUGCAAACUGAGCUCUGAUAACACACAUACAGACUAUAUCUUUAUAUAUUCUAGAUGAAAUUAUUAAGAACGUGAGAUUUUAAAAAGAACAAUAGCAUUUUAAUGAUAUGAUUGAUUCAGGAUUUUUUGUAAGUGGAUUAUUUUGAGUGGUCAUGCCACUCACUAGGUAACACGGUAUGGAGGGUGGGGUGGGGGUCCGGGUUUUUCUUGUACAUUUGUUUCAUAGUCAAACAAGCCAGAGAAAAACAGCACAGGCCAGUCUACCAGAACAAGACCAGCAACAAGAAGAGGAAAAAUACAGGACUCGAACAGACUGCUAAUGAUUCAGAUGUGUGGUUCACUCUGCUGUUCACUUCAUUUGCAGUAGCUUGCCCUUUUAGCACGCAGCACUCUGCUCUUUCCUGUCUUUACAGUCUCGCUCAGCUCAGUGGGGUUCUCCCCGGCCCGAGCUGUCCACCACCUCUCCAGGCUCUGUGUGUGUGUGUGCGUGUGUGGGUGGGUGAGUGUGUGCGUGCACAGUUAGCUCAUGGAUUAAAAAGGAGUCUUUUCUCUUAGGCUUGUUCACAUAAUGCUCCAAAGUUCACAGCAGCUCUGGAUUGGGGUGACAGAGAGUGGGUUAUGGGGUUAAUCAUUACCAUAAGUCGGACAUGUGAGGCCCUGUCCUAAAAGGCCCUCUACUCAAACUAUGCACAUUCACACAUACACAACCUGUGAUUAUGUUUUCACAUCCUGGAGCUUUUUAUCACUGCAGCCAGGACAUCCAGGCGUCUGAUUGGUCAACUGAGCCAUGUUGACCAGCAGCUUGUCCCUGCCUGACCAGCAACAAGACGGAUCUAUAGCAGCGAACUGUGAGAUAGAUGGCCUCCAGGCGGUCUGUGUAGCUGAGUUGAUUGAAUUUCCUCAUCAGACCCCUGUGGUCUGGACUGGAGCAUGUCACAACACAUACACACGCGCACACACACACACACACACCUUCGCCCCCUUCAAGUCCUGUGUCUGUAUUUUAACUGACAGCUGCCUUAUUACUACUUUUCAUAUCUCAGCAACAGAUGAGGCAUCAGUCUUACCUGCUCUGCACUCUUUCUCUCUCUUUCGGUUUCAUUUUUCCUCGCUCUGUUUCAGGCGUUGUCUGACUUCCUGCAAACUGCGGCGUGAUCUGACUCAGUCAUGAUAUUGCAGGGUAAAAAGAUUGAUUGUAACGCAGGCUCCCUCGCAUCCUGUUUCAGGCCUCUACAGUCAGAGAACGGUAGACAAAACAGCACAAAGAUUACAUUUCUCUAUCAAAAGAAUAAAGGUUUCUCAGUUUAUUUUUCUGAUGUCAAUAUUGCUAUUGAUUAUUGUUGUUGUUAUUAUUGUUUUCAUUGGGUUAUUUACCUUUCCACCUGGCAUUAUUAUUAUUCCAUGGCUGUUAGCUGUUGCUUUUUAUGUUGUGUUACAUCACUUUGGAUGAUGUGGAAUCCCCCCAAACUCCAUUCCCUGUUUCAAGCCCCCACAAGCAGAGACCCUUUUCUUGUCUUUAGUUUUUACAAAUGUAAUAUAACUAAAAUGUGUAAUAUUAAUUUUGAUGCUGACCGAGAAAUAACAUUGGGGACUGAGAGGAAAAGGCAGCGGCGGAGGAUUUUAUUUAGGGGCAGAUGGGGGAGUGAUUUUAUCUUUUUUUGUCAUGUAUUGUAAUUUUUAUUUUAUAAUGUUACCUUUUUCUCUUUUUGCUUCUGUAUAUUUUUUCAUUUUUUUUCGGGGCAAGGGGGUUGUAUCAUUUUAAAAGAAGAAAAAAGAUGUGUAUUGUUUGACUGUGUAUCUUCUCCCUCUUUCAGUCUCUUCUUUCACCUCGUCUCCCCCCGAGCAGUUACAUAACA